AUCAUUUACUCUCCCUUUCGAGUGUCAUCAAAGCAUGCUGGAAAAUAGAAAUCCCAGUCCAGUUUUAGUUAAAUUUAAGUUUGUCUAAAUUAAAAGAAACAAGUUCAUAAAAAUCAAAACACUGAAACAAUUCAGAUGACUUAAAAUGUGUCAGCUUUGUGAACUCAAAAGAAAAAGGUUCUAAAUACUCAUAAAAGUUUAAACUAAUUUGUUUAAUUUAAGUUUACCCUACUCAAACCAAUUAAUUAUUUUGAGCAUUAGGGUUUACAGUGUUGAAAAUCAUCUCUUUCCAGUUGCAAUGUCAAGAAAAGUUGAAAGCGGCUACUCGUAUGAGUUCUGCGACGCUUCUCAUUCAUCAGAAGUGCUGGAAGCUCUUCACGAGUUCCACAGCAGCGGCCUGUUCACGGACAUCACCCUGCAGUCUUCAUCCGGACAGCUCUUCCACUGCCACAAGGCUGUCCUAUCAGCCCGCAGCUCCUAUUUCAAGGUAAUGUUCACCUUAGACAUGAGAGAACGUCUGAAUGACACCAUCAACCUACCUUGCAUAGACGGGGAGAUUCUGGGUGCUUUGGUGACUUACGUCUACACUUCAAAGAUCAGCAUAACCCAGAGCAACGUUCAAAGUCUUCUGGAGGCCGCAGACCUGUUGCAGCUCAGCUCGCUCAAGAAAGCCUGCGAGAACUUCUUGAUUCGUCUGCUGGACGUCGACAACUGUCUCGGGAUGCACUCGUUCGCCGAGCUUCACGUGUGCUCUUCACUGGAGCGCGCGGCUUUGAGGAUCAUACUGAGCCGCUUUGAGGAACUCACACUUCAGGAGGAGUUCCUAGAAGUGGAUUUCCAAAAGAUCGUGGUGAUUUUAGCAACUGAAAACCUUAAUGUGUGGAAAGAGGCGACGUUAUUGGACGCUGUGGUGAAAUGGGUCGCCCAUGACGCGGCUCCUAGAAUAGACCACCUGAAAGAGCUUCUCAACUGCAUCCAUCUCGACGUGAAUGACGCGUACCUCAAAACUGCUUUGGAUCUACGCAAACAAUGCUUUGAAAGCAAAUUGCGAUCUCUAAUUCUUACCUCGUUGAAGCCAGGCAAAGGUUUCUCACUCUGCUGCAAAAAACUAACAUGCAGCUUGUAUGUUAUUGGUGGAUAUUACUGGCAUCCAUUGUGUGAAGUCCACAUGUGGGACCCUAUUUCCAACACGUGGGUUCAGGGCAAAGACAUGCCUGACUUUGCAAGAGAGAGUUAUAGUGUGGUACUUCAAGGCCCUGAUAUCUACGUGACUGGAGGAUACAGGACAGAGACUGUAGAUGCUUUAGACACCGUGUGGAUUUAUAACACAGACUCAGAUGAAUGGACAGAAGGAUGUCCGAUGAUCACAGCCAGAUAUUACCACUGCUCCGUGGCUUUACGGGGAUGCAUAUAUGUCAUAGGCGGAUAUACGGCAGGAGCUCCAACACAAGAAACUGAAUUCUAUGACCCCUUGAAGAAGACAUGGUUCCCUGUGGCUAAUAUGAUACAAGGUGUGGGAAAUGCAACCUCUUGCGUGGUGAAUGAAAGAAUCUAUGUAACUGGAGGGCAUUAUGGGUACAGAGGAACCUGCACUUACGAGAAGAUUCAGACUUACCGGCCAGAUAUUAACGAGUGGAGCAUCACAACAAUAUGUCCACAUCCUGAGUACGGUCUUUGCUCAGUCUCCUUAAACAACAAGCUUUAUCUGGUCGGCGGUCAGACCACCAUCACAGACUGCUACGACCCCGAGCAAGAUGAAUGGAGACAGAUGUGUGCGAUGAAGGAGAGAAGGAUGGAGUGUGGAUCGGCCGUUAUAAAUGGGUGCAUCUAUGUUGCAGGAGGGUAUUCAUACUCUAAGGGGACGUAUCUGCAGAGUAUAGAGAGGUACGACCCUGAGAUAGACUGCUGGGAGAUCGUGGGGAAUCUCCCAUCGGCCGCACGCUCACACGGUUGCGUUUGUGUGUUCAGCCUGUGAAAUCAAUACACAAUCACAUCCAGUGGGGUCUAAAAGUCUGAGACCAGACCACAUGUAUUUGUUUAAACCUGAUUGAAUAUAAAUAGUUU